CUUCCCCGUUCCCCCCUCCCCUCCCUCCUCCUCCUCCUCCUCCUCCUCCUCCUCCUCCUGCUUCUCCCGGAACCGCCUCGCUGCUCCCGGCCCGGCCGCCCCCGCAGGAGGCAGAAAAUGAAAGCCGGCUGCAGCAUCGUGGACAAGCCCGAAGGAGGAGGGGGCUACCAUUUCCCAGAGUGGGCUUACAAGACGGAGUCGAGCCCUGGCUCCAGGCAGAUCCAGCUGUGGCAUUUCAUCCUGGAGCUGCUGCAGAAGGAGGAAUUCCGGCACGUCAUCGCCUGGCAGCAGGGGGAAUACGGGGAAUUCGUCAUCAAGGACCCCGACGAGGUGGCUCGGCUCUGGGGGAGACGCAAGUGCAAGCCCCAGAUGAAUUAUGACAAGCUCAGCCGAGCCCUCAGAUAUUACUACAACAAGAGGAUCCUGCACAAGACCAAGGGCAAAAGAUUCACCUACAAAUUCAAUUUCAACAAAUUGGUGAUGCCAAAUUAUCCCUUCAUCAACAUCCGACCCAACGGUGUCGUCCCUCAGAGCGCUCCGCCCGUCCCCACCGCCUCUUCCCGCUUCCACUUCCCCCCUCUGGAUCCUCACUCCCCCACCGACGAUUCCCAGCCGCGCUUCCCGCCGGGAUCUCUGCUCCAGCCUCACCCCGAAUCCCUGGCAGACGCCGACAGGAAGCCGGAAUCCUCGGAAUUGGAGGAAAACCCUUCGGAUUGGCGCCGGGAUCUGCUGGCUCCGUCUCAUUCCUCCGCCAGCGCCGCCGGUGCCGCCGGUGCCGCCGCCGCUCCCAAACGCAAACCCGACGUGGUUCUCCCGUUGUUUUCCAGACCGGGAAUUUUCCCGGAUCACCCUCACAGCCCUUUCGCCGUCUCCCCGCUGGCGGCGCGUCCCGGCGUGCUCAACGUUCCCAUUUCUCCGGCGUUAUCCCUGACCCCGACGCUCUUUUCCUACAGCCCCUCUCCGGGAUUGAGCCCCUUCGCCGCGGGGAGCAGCUGCUUUUCCUUCAAUCCCGAGGAGAUGAAGCAUUACCUGCAUUCCCAAGCCUGCUCCGUGUUCAAUUAUCACCUGAGCCCUCGGACUUUCCCGCGUUAUCCCCUGGUGGUGCCGCCCUUGCAGUGCCCGGUGCCGCUGGAGGAGCAGCCGCAAUUCCCCAUCAAGCUCCAACCUCCUCCCGCCGGCCGCAAAAACCGGGAAAGGCUGGAGAGCCCCGAGGCGGCUCCGCUGAAUCCCAGGGUGAAGGUGGAGCUGGAGGAGAAAGAGGAGAAAGGGGAAAAACGGGAUGAGGAAGAGGAGGAGGAGGAAGAGGGGAAAACGGUUUUCGCUCGGCCGGCAGCUCCGGCGUGGAUCCCGGCGCAUCCCGGUUUUUCCGGAGACGACAACGCCGAGAAAACAUCCCGGGAUUCCUCGGGAGACGCCGGCAACGCGGAGAAGAGGGAGGACGCCCUGAUGCCGCCCAAGCUGAGGCUGAAACGCCGCUGGAACGGAGAUUCCCGGCAGGAAAUUCCCGAGGAUUCCCGGCAAAACGGGAUCUGGCACCUCCCCAAAGCCGUGGCCGCCGCUUCCGACACCUAAUCCCGGGAAAAAAACCACAAAACAAAACAAAACAAAACAACAACAAAAAAAAACCUUGGAAAAAACGGCCGGAAAAGAAAUCCGUGUAUUUAUGUAGCAAGGUUGCCGAGAAAUUCGGGAUAAAAAGAGGGGGAGGGGGGGGGAGGGGGAGAUUUGGGAAUUUUUUGGGAAUUUUUCGGGAAUUUUUUGGGGUGGGGGAGGAUGAAGGGGGGGAGGGGGAGGGGAUUUUGGUUGUUUUUUGGUGGGGGGAGGGGUUUGUGUUGUUUUGGGUUUUUUUUUUUUUGUUGUUGUUUGAAUUUGCAGGUGGAAGACGCCGGAAUUCCCGGGAAAAAUAUUUGGGAAAACAACCGGAGCUUCAGCCACCGGCACGGAGGAAUUCCCGGGAUUUUUUUUGGGAAUCUCCGAAUCCCGGGGGAGGUUUUUUGGGGUUGUUUUUUUUUCCUUUUUUGGGAUUUUUUUGGGAUUUUUUAAUUGUAAUUUUUGGGGUUUUUUUGUGGGAAAAGGAGGAGCUUGGGAAUUUCCACACCGGGAAUUUUGCACUGUUCCAAAGGAGCCGGAUCAGGGAGAGAGAAAAGAGAGAGGGGGGGGCAAAAAAAAAUUCAGGAAAAACUCGAGAUUUUAACAAAAAAAAAAAACACAAAAAAUUCCCACUUUUCCCACUUUUUUUUUUUAUGUUUUCCUUCUCUUAAAAGCCAUGAGCAAAACUCCAAACUUUUUUCAGGGAAUGGGAACGGGAAUAACACAAAAUUAACCGGAUGCCUUUAAUCCUAACUCAUUAAAAACCACAAAAAAAAAAUCAUUUUUAUUCCUUAAUUUUUAUUUUUUUUUCUUGUGUAUCCAGAACGGGAAUUUUUUGGAUUUUUUCCCGCUCUGGAAUUGGCGUGGAUGGAAUUUUUGAUUUUUAAUUUUAAUUUUAAUUUGAAUUUUAAUUUUUUUUUUGGGAAUGCUUGGAAAGAAAACGCUGGAAUGAUUGAGGUGAAUGCCGGAAUUCCCAGAUUUUUUGGGAUGGUUUUUAUUUUUUCUCUCCCUUCAUCCCCAAGUUUGACUCAUGCCUUAAAAAAACAAAAAAAAACAACAAAAAAAAAGAAAAUAAGAGAAAGUUGGGACUUUUCCGCCGGGAAUUUUUUCCUGGAUUUCGUGGAUCCUUCCCGGAUUUUUUGGGGUUUUUUUGGGAGGGGGGAGGGGGGGAAAUCCCAAAUCCUGGAUUCCGUAGGCUCCGGAAAAACCCUGGGAAAAAAGAGAAUAAAACAGGGAAGGAGCCGGAAAUUCCCAAGGAUUCGCUGGCGGAGCACAAAUUUUGGGAAUUCCCCGGCGGGAGGAGAAGCGGGAAUUCCCAAAUUCUCGGAAUGUGGAGUUUGAAAGAAUUUUGGGGUGGAAAACCCUUGGAUUAUCCCAAAAAAAAACCAUGGAAUUGUAAAGGAAACCCCGGAGAGGGCGCAAGGAUGAACUCAGGAAUUACACGAGGAGGCCUUUCCCGGAAUUCCCGGAAUUCCCAUCCCAAAAUCCAAGUGCCGGAACCCUCGGGAAGAACAACAAAAAAAAGAGGGAAAAUCCCGGAUUUUUUCCCUCCCAGCACCUCCAAAUCCUUCGGAUUCGAGGCGAAAUCCCGCGGGAAAUGGAGAAAAAAAAAAGCAGGAAAAAGUCGGAAUUUUGGCGGCUUUGGAAAGGAAUUUUUCGGGAUUGGGGUUUUUUUGGGAAGGGUGGGAAUGUUGGGUUGUUGUUUUUUUUUUUUUUUUCAGAGCCAUUGCACUGCAAAAAAAAAAAAAAUAAAAUAAAAAAUUUAAAAUAAAAUAUAAAAAAAAUAAAAAAAAUUGGGAGAGUUCAGGGAAUUCCGGACUCAGGACGACGGAUCCGGAGAUUUCUCGGGAAUUCCGGAAUUCCCGAUGGAACCCGGGAGGAGGAAAAUUCAAAAAUAAAAAAAAAGCAGGAAGAGGAAGGAGGAAAAAAAAAAAAAAGA